CAUUGUGACUAAGGUACUUAGAUAAAACGAGAAAAACCGCGAGUUAACGCAACGUUUUGACAAUAAUUCAAUUAUUAGAAACACAAUUAAUGGCAUUAAGAACCCUUGGACGAAAUAUCCUCGGUUAAAAAACGCUCUUCAUUGCCCCGAAUUCGCAGUUGAAAAACCAUUGGAAUGAGCUUUCACAAAGAAGUUUGCAAACUAUUUAAACCGUGACAUUUAUUUGUUCAAAAAUCAUUUGUAAUUCAACUUCGGCGAAACUUGUAAGCUGUGAGGGGGCCUACCGAUGCAAUGCAGAGUAUCUUUACCUGCUCUCCGUUCACAGAAUCUCUAACCUAAACGACAUCAAACAUGAAAGGAACGGCUGGUUAGCUAAAAUCCAUUCUAAAGAUGACAGACGCAAACACAAUUUAGCUGGCCCAAUGGGACAACGAAAACAGCGAUGCGGGCUAACUCAACACGAGAUGGACGAAAUUGCAAACGCAAGACCAGUAACUCGAUCGAUGGAAUGGAUCCAAACGGAAUUGAUGUCAAACUCGAAAGGUUUGGGUUAAACGAAGCUUUGAAAUUUUAUUCAACAACCGAAUCAACACUAGCUGAUGAUGAUCCAGGCGAAUUGAGCAGAUUCGCUCGACCACUUCUAACAUUCGCAGCCGUUAUGACCAUCCUAAUAAUGAUUGUUGGAAUAUGUGGUAAUCUAUUAACAAUAGUCGCACUUUGCAAGUGCCCGAAAGUGAGAAAUGUUGCUGCGGCAUUCAUAAUAAGUUUAUGUGUAGCCGACUGUGUAUUUUGUGUUAUCGUAUUGCCGUUUAAUGCAUUCCGUUUUAUACGCGGCACUUGGACCCAUGGUGAGUUACUAUGCCGAAUAAUUCCAUUUAUUCAGUAUGGUAACAUUGGCGUUUCGUUGUUAUGCAUAGCCAUGAUUACGAUCAAUCGAUAUGUGAUGAUAGCUCAUCACAGUUCAUAUGCUAAAAUCUAUAAAAAACAUUGGAUUGCAGCCAUGAUAUUAUUCUGUUGGAUAUUUUCAUAUGGCAUGCAACUGCCAACAUUCUUCAAAGUAUGGGGCGCAUUCGGUUAUGAUAGUAAAUUGGGAACGUGUUCAAUAUUAGAAGAUGCAAAUGGCCGUAGCAGCAAAAAAGUUCUUUUCGUUAUUGCAUUUAUCAUACCGUGUCUGAUUAUAAUCGGCUGCUAUGCGAAAAUAUUCUGGGUCGUACACAAGUCUGAGGAACGAAUGCGCCAGCAUGCAUCCAAACAGAACGAAAUUCCCAAUAAUCUUCGCUCUCAAUUACCUCCAGCCGCCGCAAAUAUACCGGCCAAUCGUCUAUCAUCCCAAAGUGUGUCGUCAACGGAUAUGCCCAGUACGACGACGGCAGCGAAUCAAAAGCCAAGUCGAGUGAAAGAUCAACGAGACGCGAAGGCUAAGCGAAAUGAAUGGAGAAUAACCAAAAUGGUUUUGGCAAUUUUCUUAUCAUUUGUUAUGUGCUAUUUACCCAUCACGGUGACAAAGGUCGCUGAUAAAGACGUUAAAUAUCCCGGCUUUCAUAUCUUCGGCUAUAUAAUGUUGUAUCUGUCGUCCUGUAUCAAUCCCAUCAUUUAUGUGAUAAUGAAUAAACAGUAUCGGCAAGCAUACAAAACGGUGUUAUUGUGCAAACCCGGCCGACUGUUGGCAUUCACACAGGCGGGCAGCUCCGUUGGUGAGAAAUGGAAAGACAUCGGAUACAGUUACAACCACAGUCGUACUAUGGUAUCGCAAGUAUCAAUAGCCGAGGAGCCAUCAUUUCGCAAUUCGCUAACACAGAACUCGCUAGCGCGACGAGAUUCACCGCACCCAAAACGCCUGCCCACCAUUCAAGAUAGCAAAAGCAUAAAUAUUUAGUGUUAAGUUUUGACAAAUAUACUCAGUUAAUGUUAGUGAAGUCGAACGAUUAUUACAUUAAAAUGUACAUUUAUGAAAUGAAUGAGACCGACAAUGAGAUGCCAUUUGUAUUUUCACGCAGCUUUACUGUAUAGUAUUACUAGGUAUGAGAUUAAGGAAGAAGAAGAAAAAAUUAUUUGAAAUGUCGAUAAGAUGUAGCGACGAAUUGAAUUUGAAAUUAUUCGAAAAUGAAAGGAAUUCAAUAUUAUAUUUGAUAAGGAAAUAGAGAGGAAAUUAUGAAACAUUUUGGAUGUUUGGAUAAAUGUUUGGUGUUUCCUACGACAUACCAAAAAGUGACCAAGAAUAUUUAUGAUAUCAAAACCAUUGAUUUAAGCAAAAGUUAAUGGAUUUUCUAGUGAUAUAGCGUUUGGCUUUUACAGAAAUACAAAAAAAAAAAUUAUUCAAAGCUCUGUUGAAUGCUCAAACUUUUUGUUGGGAAUCGACAACAAAUUAUUAGAUUUUGCAUCACUUACUCCCGUACUACACUAUGAAAAUAAGAACCGAAUGAAUCUUACAUUUGACACAACACAUAAAUUUAUUGAACUGAUUAUCUUGUAAAUAGUUUCAUUGUCUUUUAAGGUUUAGAGUUUAAGUUCAAAAGAUUAAAUUUAUUUAUUUUAUUUUAAAUAAACAGAAAACUGAUUGACCA